UCAUGUCUACAGUUUGGAAAACUCCCUGUGGAUCAGAGGCAAUGCCCGAGAUCAUGGUGAAAAUCAUUGGAGGCAAACACUUUCGAUACCUCGUGGAAAAGCCACAGAACAAAGACGACGAGAACUUGAAGGCAGAAACUCAAGCAGCACUCCAGAAACCCAUGAUUGGUAAUGCAAGGCAGAUAAACAGAGACCCCCCAACUUCCACAAACCCCACUGAGGAGCAAACCAAUUAUAACUCAGAUGAAGUGGAAGAUAACAAACACCCAGAGAACAACCAGAAACAUCUAUUGGGGGUACAUAGUAGCAGAUUCCUGGAUGGCAAAAUUCCCACUCAAAUGAAUGUCCAUUGCAGCUCUGUACCAACUGGAGACCAGUCCCUAUCUUAUAUCCAUGGCCUCCCCAGAAGAAAGCUUAGAGACUGGUCCUUGGAAAAGAUGGUGAUAAGUGACCCUGACCAACUCGAGAGACAAAGUGGAACAACAAGAGAAGACACUUUUCUUCUUGCCCUGGUGAGAAGAGAACUCAAGUCAUGCCUUUUGAGUCCUAGCUUAUUAGACAAGCUUCAGAAAGAGCUGAAGACCCUGGACCCUAUCUCUUCAGGAUUUCUCCUCCAAUCUCAGCUGAGCCGCCUCUUCUUGAGGAAUGAAGUUCCUCUACAGUUACCAACAAUCAAGAUUCUUUGCCAGAGAUUUUCUAGGAGGAGCUCUCCUGAAAUGGUGAAUUAUGGAAAGCUCCUCCAGUUUUUAAAAGAAGCAGCUACAGAUGAUUCACAGCAAACACAAACUGUUGCAAAUGAUAGUCCGAGGGACAGUCAGAGCCAGAACAAACUCAGUCAAAGUACUCCACCUCCAGACAGCAGCUUGAAGUCAGACACAAACAUGAGCCUGUUGGAGAUCUUGAAGAUGGUACUACGAACAACCAAUGGCAAACUCAACAUAGAGAACCUCAGUCUAAGUUUUCGAAAAGAAGAUCGUUCCUUCUCUGGCUGUCUUCCCCCACCCAAGGUCAGGGCUAUAUGUGGGAAGCAUGGAUUAUAUCUGACCUUGAGCCUACUGGAAACAUUGCUUAACCAUCAAGAUCUGAGUUACCAAGAUGAAAUAAAAUGGCCAAAAUUUGUUGAGCUGCUGAGCAAAGCUUCUUUGGAUUUGCUGUCUGACUUGCCUACAGGAGAGAAUGAAAAGGAAGCCCCAGCCACUCCAGUGGAACCUGACGUCCCUGAGAUAUCUCAAAGCAAAACUGAACAUAUGAAAACUCCAGAAGAGGACCUGCCACCAGAAAAACCUCCUGCUGAGACUUCGGCCUCAAAAGAUCCUCUGAACUCUUUGAAGAUCAGGCCAGUCUCCCAGCCUUUCAUGAGACCAGCCAUGAAGAAUGAGACUGAAGAGUAUGAGACAUGGAUAGACAGAUUCAGGAAGUUAGAAAACGCCCUCUACCUGUGUGAUCUGAGUAAUACAGGAGUCCUAGAGAAGGAUCGGGCCAGACGUCUCAUUCACAACUACAAUCUCAUUUACAACCUGUCCCUGAGCCCUCGGAAAAUCGACCAGGCCUUGCGGAGAUUCCGUUCGGGAGAAAAUAUGCUCUUGGAGCCAGCUCUGCGGUACUUAAAGGAACUAUGAUAACAAGCCCAUAUUGCGAGAACAGAUGUUUCCCUUAUCUCCCGUUUUACUCAGACAUUACACGUUUCUCCCUGCCCAAGUAGACUGUCAGAGUUGAGACCAAUGCAGCAAUUGUAGAUGCUUUUAACCUGGACUUGGUUUCUGGCUAUGAUGUUUGCUCAUGAGUAGCUCAAAGUGAUCGGAGAAACCAGAUUUUGUUUCUGAUGUG